UUUACUUUGAGCACAGUGAGUGUUUGAAUUUUGACCAACCCGAAAUCUCAGUUCAUACAUAGUGUUCUAUUAUGUCGACCCGUUUAUUCAACAUGCGCUUGUCGAUGCUAUUGAUAUUAUUUGCAUUGAUUGGCGGUAUAAACUGCGGUUAUGACGACCCAAAUUAUCCGGGAGACUCCAGAGUUGAUGGUCCACAGUUGACUGCCGACCAGCCAGUAAACGCUCCCACGCCACAUUACGAUUACGAUUAUGAGCUCAGUCAUGCAUACAAUACCCGGCCAAGGUCAAAUUAUGACCAAGAAAACAGUACUGUUACUUACGGCACACAUGAAUCAUAUCCGUCACAGAGAGGUCGCUAUUACCUAAAUGGCCAGGAAUAUUACGUUUAA